AUGAAUAAUUUCAACAAACGUUUUCUUUCAAAAUGUAUUACAGAAGGAACUUCACCCGUCGAAAAUACUGAUUCCGUACAAGAAGUAAAGUCGUCAAUUGUUUCUGACGUUGUUACAGAAAGUGAGGAAAGCCUGAUUACAACCACAAAUGAAGACAGUCAUAAAGAAGGAACUUCUAGCUCGAAUUCCUCGGAGUCGACAACCGUGGCUGGCGUUGCUAACAUUGAAACUGUUGUUAACCUAACCUCAAAUCCUCCGGAAUCUACGGCAGAAACUUCUGACAACGAAUCAGAUAGCACUGACAACACUGAUUUACUCACCACUCUGACGACAGAAACUGUUACUCUUCAGAACGAUAGUGUUGUUCAAGUAACUUCAGAGGGCUUAGAAAAUCAUACAGAAAACACUUAUACUGUGGCAAUUGGUGAAAACCAUACAGAUGUUGUUCAUACAGAAACAGUUAUAUCUGAUUCAACCUCAGAAAAUCUUGAUAACCACACAGAAACCCCUAAAGACGCUGAUACACUGCCUCGUUUGAUGGAAGCUGUUGGUGACGUUUGUGAAGUGUUCGGUACUUACACGGACACACAGUCGACUGGUCCAACUUCAGAAGACUUAGAAAAUCAAACAGAAAGCACUGUUAACUCAGAUAUUACCCCUUCUACACUGAUCCAUAACGAUGACGAAAGUAGUACCGAUGAAUCUCGAGUAGAGUCAACUUCAGAAAGUGUUGAUAUUGAAGCAAUAACAGUCACGGAAACAGCUAGAUAUAUUUUGAAUAUUCAAUGUUCAAUGUUUAUAUCAUAA